AUGUCUUCUUCCAAAGUUCAGGCACCGACCCCCACCGAGGGGGACCUCUCCUCCUCUUCCUCCUCCUCAUCCCCUGCGCAAACCACAACCGCGGAGCAACAAUCCGACAACAUCUCGCACGCCCUCGCCGGCGCGGGCGGCGGCCUCCUCGCCAUGGCCCUCACCUACCCGCUCAUCACGCUGUCCACACGCGCGCAAGUCGAGUCCAAGCGCGCCGAGACCUCGACACUCGCCGCCAUCCGGCACAUCAUCUCUCGCGAAGGCGUCUCGGGGCUGUACGCUGGCCUCGACAGCGCGCUGUUCGGCAUCAGCGUGACCAACUUUGUGUACUACUACUGGUACGAGUGGACGCGGUCCGGCUUUGAGAAGGCCAAGGUGGCGCGGGGCGAGGGCAAGAGACUGGGGACGUGGGAGAGCAUGGUUGCCGGCGCGGUGGCGGGCAGCGCGACGGUCUUGAUCACGAAUCCUAUUUGGGUGGUGAAUACGCGCAUGACGACGAGGGAGAAUGCGGCGCAGGAAGAAGGCGAGAAGGAUGUGGAGGCGCAGCGCAAGCCGAAGAAGAAGGUUAGUACGAUUGGCACGCUGGUUCAGUUGGUCAAAGACGAGGGCCUGGGGAGUCUCAUGGCGGGUGUGCUGCCGGCGCUGGUGCUGGUGGUGAACCCCAUCCUGCAGUAUACGAUCUACGAGCAGUUGAAGAACUAUAUUGAGAAGAAACGAAAGGUUGGGCCGAGGGACGCCUUUAUGCUGGGCGCCGUGGGCAAGUUGCUGGCCACGAGCAUCACUUACCCGUACAUCACGGUGAAGAGCCGCGCACAUGUGGCCAAGAAGCAGGAGGGCGUGAAGAGCGAGGGCAUGACGGAGAGCCUGAGGAAGAUCGUGCGCGAGGAAGGUUAUAGCGGUCUGUACAAGGGUAUUGGCCCGAAGGUGAGCCAGAGUGUGCUGACGGCUGCGUUCUUGUUUGCGUUCAAGGACGUGCUUUAUGACGCCAUUGUCCAAGCGAGGAGGAGGGCUCGCGCCGUCAAGGCUUGA